GGCAUGAAAGAGCAGAAUAAUGAGCGACAGUAUUAGGAGUUUAGGAGCGAACGCCAACCUGGUGAGCCUGUGCCUGGCGACGACGAGGAAGUACAACAACAACAAGGUGUAUUUCUCUUGCACCACCGCCUCCGCCUCCCACUGCUGCUUGGUGGCCCACGCCCACCAUCAUCCUUCAAGAGUCCAGGACGAUCUCCCCUCAUUGUUGCAGAUUCUUCCGCAUGAUUUACAUGACCAUCUCCUCAAUGAGUCCAGGAGGUCUCAACUCUUAGAGGUGAUAUUGGAUUUAGGUCGCUUUCCGGAAGCACGCUAUGUUGGUGAACCUGGUGGGCAAUAUCUCAGGACAACUGUGGUUUCACUGCAAGAGUUGGAGCAUGCUCAAGAAGCUGUUCGAGAUUUUGGAGGUGACAACAGAGCUGGCAUUGAGGGUACGUUGCAUAGAAUUUCCGCUAUUAGGAGUAGGAAUGGAAUGAUUGUGGGAUUGACUUGCCGAGUCGGAAGGGCAGUCAGUGGUCACAGUGACAUGGUUUUUGAUCUGCUUCAAUAUGGGAAGAGCAUCUUGUUUGUUGGAAAGCCUGGGGUUGGCAAGACCACUAUUUUGCGAGAAAUUGCUCGAGUUUUGUCAGACGAAUUUCACAAAAGAGUGGUUAUUGUAGACACAAGCAAUGAAAUAGCAGGGGAUGGAAAUAUUCCACAUGCAGCAAUAGGAGGUGCUCGGAGAAUGCAGGUUGCAGAACCAUCCAUGCAAUACAAAGUCAUGAUAGAGGCUGUGGAGAAUCACAUGCCUGAGGUCAUCAUUGUUGAUGAGAUUGGCACGGAAACCGAAGCUCUUGCAUGCCGCUCAAUUGCUCAGAGAGGGGUCAUGCUUAUUGCUACUGCUCAUGGACAGCAGAUUGAGAAUAUAAUAAAGAAUCCUACUCUAUCUGACCUGAUUGGAGGAGUAAAAACUGUUACUUUAGGGGAUGAAGAAGCCAAAGCUAGAAAACGCCUGAAAACCAUUCUUGAGAGGCAAGCGGCUCCAACAUUUGAAUUUUUGAUUGAGAUGAGACACAGACACUAUUGGGUUACCCAUCAGACAGAAAAGAGUGUAGAUAUGUUGCUUCGUGGCAAAAGUCCACAAGUUGAGGUCAGGACAAGGGAUGACAGCUUGAAGGUUGUAAUUGAAAGAUCAAAGGCAUAUGAUAAAUGUGAUGCUUAAUAUUUCGCCAGCCCAUUUGGGCUUCAUUUCCCUAAGAGGACAAUAAUAGUUCGCGUUGGCCAAAGAAAAAUGUGGGAAGGAAAAGAAGGAAGAAGCCAGAAGACAGAUGGUGUGCUUUAAGCAUGCAGUCAAGCAGCAAUUGGAGGGCAUUAUUAAUGGAUGGGGGAGCUUUUGACGGUACACGUUUUCGUAUAGAAACUAUGAUAAUACCUUUACUGUCAAAGCCUACUUAUAAACUUUUAGUUCAUCGUAGUUUACUGUUAGUCAUAUCAUAGUAUCUGUAUGUGUAAAAUAUUGUUUUGAAUUCAAGAAUGUGGUACUGUAGUUAUUUAACACUAGCCUCAUACUUUCGUGUUGCACGUGGGUGGAAAUUCUUCAGUAUAAUUUG